AUUAUACAGUCUGAUAAGUGGCACUGGGCAGUGACCGUCGACUUCGCUGCUGUGAUCUUAAUACCUUAUUCGAUACUUCGACCAACAAUCAACAAGACAACGUUGUACAGUUAAUUUAAUUCGAUUUCUUAACUCUUGCAGUCGUGUCUGUUGAUAAUAGCUGUCCGUUCUUAAACUUAUUCCUAUAAAUAACCACCAAAAUACCAGGAAACGAAUUUUAACAAAAGAGUUCAAAACUUGGGAUUGUCAAAAUUAAGAAUGCCUGUGAAAAAAACCAUUCUCAAUAGUCGUAGUUUUGAUGUAUACCAGGAUAGAAAUAAGUACUAUGAGGAUUUACGUCGUAAGCGCAAUGAUGUAACUAUUGAAUUGCGGAAAACCUUACGUGAUGAACAAUUGAAAAAGCAUAGAAAUAUUGUGUUAGAUGCCCAUAAUGAUGAAUUGGAAUUAAAACCUGAACCUGAAGUUGAAUUGACAAUUGAUGAUAUCAAGGAAGGUUUAAAAAGUCAUACAUCAUCAGUUAACAAAUUAAAUUGCUUAAAAUAUGCUCGUAAGAUGUUAAGUUCAAGGAAAUGUGCUCCAAUUGAUGACUUUAUUAAAGCUGGUAUUUUACCAAUGUUGAUGGAUUUCUUAACAUCAAAAUAUAACAAUAACACUGAUUUCCAGUAUGAAUGUUCGUGGAUAUUGACAAAUGUAGCAUCAGGAUCAUCAGCAAACACCAUUUCUAUAGUUAAUGAGGGUGCAGUUCCUUUACUUAUUAAUUUGCUUAAAUCACCAGAUAUACGUGUGAUGGAACAAGCUGUUUGGGCUUUAGGAAAUAUUGCGGGUGAUGGACCCCAACUUAGGGAUAUUGUAUUAUCUAAUGGUAUUGUACCAAUUUUAAACAGUUUAUUAGAAACAACUGAACAAGUAACUGCACAACAGAACAUAGUAUGGACGCUAUCAAAUCUUUGUCGCAGCAAAACUCCUCCUCCAAAUUUUAAUUAUUUACUUCCAUCUAUACCGUUGUUGGUUAGAAUGUUAAGUCAUAACGAUUCUCAAGUUAUUUCUAAUGCUUGCUGGGCCUUAUCGUAUUUGACUGAUGGGAGCAAUGAAAAAAUUCAAGUAAUUAUUGAGGCUUGUGCAUUGAAAGCAAUUUUAAAAUAUUUAGAAGUUGAUGACGUUUCUAUUCUUAUACCUGCACUACGAGUAGUUGGUAAUAUUGUUUCUGGUAAUGAUGUACAAACAAAACAUGCGUUGGAUCAUGGUAUACUUAAAUACCUUCAUAAUCUAUUAAAUCAUAGACGUAUUCCUGUUGUGAAGGAUGCUGCUUGGUUGUUGUCAAAUGUGAUGGCUGGUAGUGUAGAACAAAUUCAAGCAGCUAUUGAUCAUAAUCUAUUGCCAGUUUUGAUUAGAGCUCUACAACGUGGAGAUAUCAAAGUACAAAAAGAAGCUGCUUGGGCCAUAAACAAUCUAUUUAGUGGUGGUUCUAAUGAUCAAAAAUCUCAUCUAAUUGAUAUUGGAAUAUUGGAACCUUAUUGUGCCUUAUUAAUCUCUUCAGAUGAUAGAAUGGUAGAGAUCAUAUUGGAAGGUCUUAAUCAACUAUUGGAAAAGUCUGACUGCACCAGAGGCAAGAUUUGUAUGUUAAUUGAAGAGGCAAAUGGAUUAGAUCACCUGGAAUCAUUGCAAAAUCAUUCUUCACAAAAGAUUUAUGAGAUGUCAUUCAAUAUAGUGGAGAAAUAUUUUCAAGGAGAGGAUGAAAUUCAGGAAUUUGACUUGGGAAUAAUUCCUCAAGAUAUGAGUUCAGGAAAUUUGUUCAGUAUUGAUAAUUGACAAGAGAAAAUUUAUCUCAAAUAUUAAGUAUAACUGAUUGAUAUAUAAUUAACCGGUUCUUAUUUUUCAUUCAAUUAUUUUAUAUACCAAAAUCAUUAAAUUUAUUUUUAUGUUAUCGAAUUACUUAUGUUUAGAUUUUCAACUAGUUAUUUUUUUAUACAAAUUUAUAUAUUAAAUAUAAUGUUUUUUCAUUGAUUAUAAUGCAAGUACAUAUAUACCAUUAUACAUACA